GUCACAUCACAAUUUGUUGUUGUCGCGUCGGAAAAGUGCACGGAGUUGCGGUCGACGAUUGCGCGAUUUUCCGUUAAAUACAGCAUAAAAAUCCAAUACAAAUGCGCGCACUCGCCGCCGCCGAAAGCGCAGCGUAACAAGGCCCUGAAUCGCGAAGGAGCUCCUAAACGGCUGCUGUUAUCGCCAUGGCCGCCGCAUCUGCUGGCCAGCAACAGCAGCAACAUCAGCACCAGCACAAACUGAAUAUUGCUGGGAGUGCUGAGACAGUGGUCGGCGAGAUGCAUCACCAACAGCAGCAGCAGCAAAUGUUGCCGUUGCACCAACAUCAGCAACAGCAACAGCAGCAACAUCAUCAGUUUUUCCAGCAGCAACAGACGAAAUUUGUAUCGCGGGUCGUUACAAGUGCAACGGUGCAGCAGCAGCAGCAGCAACAUCAGCAACUACAGCAGCAGCAGCAUACGCAACAGAUAUUACCAGCUGGCUUGGUAAAUGGCAAUGGCAGCGGCAACAUGAUGCAAGUAUCCAAUCAACUGCAGCAGCAGCAACAGCGCGCCAGUCAGCAACAGCAGCAUAUAUUUGUCUGCCCCACCAGCAACCAGCAACAACUCCUGCUGCAACACCAACAGCAGCAGCAGCAGCAACAACAACAGCAACACAAACAGCGCCAGGCGCAAAUAAAGUUGCCAAUAAAGUCAACGGCAACGGCUGGAGUAACGGCGGCAACUGUUGCUGCUGCUGCUGCUGGGGCAACGCAUUGCAUGCCGACAACAAUUGCAUCGCGUCAAAUGAGUCAGAACAAUCAGCUCUAUGCCAAGAAUGUUGCCAAAGCCAAAAAUGCCAGUAGCAAUGGCAACAGGAAGACUACGACCACGUACAAUGGAAAUUUGGCCCCUGGCUGGCGUCGCUUGACCAACAACAAUGAGGUGGCCUACAUCAGCCCCUCGGGCAAAACGCUGCGCACGCAGUUCCAGAUCAAGGACUAUCUCCUCACCCAGGGUACCUGCAAGUGCGGCCUGCCGUGUCCGCUGCGCCCCGAAUACCUUUUCGACUUUAAUGCCCAGGUGCCCAACAUGCCGCUUAAGUUGCCAACGGAGGCGCCAACCUCGAUGCCAACACCUUGCCUGCAUCAGCGGCGAUUUCUUGAAUCUCAGCAGCUACAGUUGCCACAGCAACCGCAGCAGCAACACCAGCAGCAGCAGCAAACCCAACUGCAACAGCAACAUCUACAACAGCAACAGCAGCAACAACAGGCUGUCAAAGAUGUAUCGGUAACCGUAUCCGUAUCUGGGCCAGCAGCUGUCAGCGAUGUGUUCUCCACGCUGAUGACAUCGACAGCAAGAACGGCGACAACGGCAACACCAACAGCAGCAGCAGCAGCAACAUCACCAGCCCAAGCGGCAACAACAACCACACUUGAAUUGGCCAACAAAGACGCUGAUUGCCACAAAUACGGCAAUAACAAAUUACCUGCCUCGGUCCGGAACACGCCCACGCCCACGCCGGCUCCAACGCCCCCGCUACCGCUUCCGCUUCCCAAUGCGAUGCCAACUAGUCAAGCAUUAGCCUUGGGCGGGCUACCAGUCGGCGGCAAUCUCCCCAAGCGCUCAACGGGGGGACAUGUGAUAAAGCAGCCAGCCAAUGCUCUUGCGCCACCAAACACGACUUCCGGAGGAGCUACCAGCAUCAUCCAGCAGCAGCAGCAACAUCCCAACUUCAAGGACGACCCGGCUGGCUAUCUCCAACAACAGACUGCAAUGCUGCACAACAGCCUGGGAGGAUUAGAUGUAGCCAAAACGGCAGCAGGAACUUCCACAGCGAGAGCUCUGCCCCAAGAACCCAUUGUGCACAGCUCCCAGCAGCAGCAGCAGCAGCAACUCCAGCAACAGCAACUUCAGCAACAGCAACUCCAGCAGCAGCAGCAACAUCUGCAGCAGUUGCAGCGCCAAAAGAUCCGUCGCCUGUCGCUCUUUGGAAAAUGGGAAACAGAUCCAGUAUCCGCCACGAAUUCCCAACCAGCCGCGGGAACCCGAACCCUUCAAGUGGACACUGCCGCCUUUGCACGACCCCAGAAGCCGCAGAUCACUAGCGUAACCAUGGUGCCAGCUCCCCAGGAGUCACCCGUGUCGAGUAGUGCAACAGAGACGCUGGAGAAGCGGCCCGAGCAGGUGGGGGCCAUAUCCACCAGUCACGAGAGUCCGCGGCAGAGCUUGUCCUCGCCCACGGACUCAGUUGAUUCGGCCAAAAGCACGCCCUCCGCUUCACCUAAGCCCCAGAUGCAUGUCCAGCUGCAGCCGCAGUUGCUGCAAAUGCGUACGCAGCCCCAGGCGAAUCUUCCAGCUCCGGCGCCGGUCACCCUGCCCGCCCACGUUCGUGUGAUGCGUCAGCAGCAGACGCAGAUUAUUCCCGGCCAGCGAUUGCCGGUGGUCAGUAGUAGUGCAGCCAUGGCCACGAUGACGAGGAGCAUAGUAACCUCGUCGGCGGGAACGAGUACGAUAACAGGUCGGCCGGUGACCACCACGUUGGCCAACUCGAAUCCCACAGUGGCGCAGUUGCAAUCCAUGGCGAACGCCAUGGGUGGAGGAGGUGGUGGUGGCCAAUUGAUAAUGACAUCUUCCGGACAACUGCUGGUCAUUCCGACGGCCAACAAACAGGCGACGCAACGUCAACCCGGACAAGGUGUGAUCAUCCAGCAACAGCAGCCGGCGGAGUUGCAUCCACAACCAGGAGGUGGCUAUAUCGUCAGCCAGCCCUCUCCAGUGGCGUCCGCCAGUUCCAGCAGCAGCAGCAGCACUGUGAUUCUGAACUCCGGUGGAGCUAAGCUCUUGCACCACCAGAUCAUCACCUCGCAGGCUGGUCAGAUUAAUCAGGCGACUGGAGGAGGAGCGGGAAAUCAACCACAGACGGUGCUACUCAACACACUACCCAAUGGAGGCUAUAUCGUCCAGCAGCAGCAGCAAUCGCAGACGCAACAGCAGGCCGAGCAGAUCCUGGCCAUGCCGCAACCGCCUCCGGCGCAAACACUUAUCAUCAGUUCGCCGGAUACCAAGAGAAGGGCGCGAAAGCGCAAGAGCUCCAUUUGCCAUACACCGCCGCCGAGUGGAUCGCCCGCCAAAACCAUCUCGCCCCAGAUCUCGCCCAGCAUCCCCAGCCAGGCACCAGCAUUGCUCCACCAGCAGGCAGCGGCAGCAGCAGCGGCGGCGGCGGCUGCUGCUCCACAAUUCCAACAGCAGUUCCAGCUAAGUCCAGGCAUCCAGGGAAUCGUUGUCAACAAACCCAAUCCCCCGCAGGCUCAGCAGACACAGCAGCUACUGCUCCAGAACGGGCAGAUCCUGCAGCAGGUGAACCUCAUUGGACAGCAGCUUCUCAUGCCUGCCGGUUUGGUGAUGGGACCGGAUGCCACUCUGCUACAGAUCCAGAAUAUGCCCACUACCAGUCUGAUGACGCCGCAGGGACCCGUGAUGCUGCGUACACCAUCGCCACAGAACAAGCCAUCCUUUAUCUCGCCGAGCGCCGGGGGACAGCAGUACUUAGUGGGUGCCAAUGGGCAGUUGAGCCCCAUCGGACAGAUCUACUCCACUCCCAUGGGUUUGGUGAUGCCGACCGGUCAGCAGGGAGGUGCAUCCUUUGUACAGGCUAGCCCCACGACUACCACCAUCCAGAUCCAACAACAGCCAGCGCCGCAGCCCACUCAAAUCAGUUUGCAGCCGGCACAAGCCACCUACAUGACGGAGACGGUGAUGAGUCGCCAGGGGACGGCUGCCAGUCCGCCGGACACUACCACCUGCAGUCCACGAAGCCCGGAGCGUCCCCCCAGUCAUCGCAGCAGUGGCAGCGACAUGGUACAAUGCGUAUCCAGUUCGGAACCGGAUGCGGCGGUUUCUCCCCAAAGCGCUGAGAGUAGGCAGUCGCCGUCUUCCACGGACUGUGAGAGGAGCAUCUGCAACAACAAUCUGUUCACACAGCCAAGUGGGUUAUACAAGCACUCGGAGCCAAAGAUCCGGCGAAUCCACAUCACCUCGCAGACGGCGGCCGAGAACGGGAUAAGCCUGAUGCAGGGACAAGGUAUGCGACUGGCCACAUCUAACACCAACUCCACAUCCGCAUCCAUGUCCAUAACAUCGUCAUCGUCGGCACCACUAACCACCAAUGCGAUGGCGGGCCACCGCCAGUUCUUGCACCGCCAGCCGGUAGUGCAGCACCACCACAAUCCAAACAUUGCCAACAACAGCCAUUCAAACACCUUUCUUCAUAGCCACAAAGUAGUUAACUUUGACUACCAGGAGUCGCCCACAACAACGCAGCUGAUUACAUCGGUUCCAAGUGCUCCAGUUCUGGAUAAUGUUCCUGCACCACCAGUCGAGAAGGCGACAGUUAGGAAGCCCACCAAACGUUCGCGGCGACCGCAGCGAGGAGUGGCUCGUGAGACACCCUCGGCGGCCGGUAGAAGCUUUCUGAUGCCGCCGCGAUCCUUUGCCAUUGGGGAACUGAUCUGGGGUCCGGCCCGGGGCCAUCCCGCCUGGCCCGGGAAGAUCGUCAAGAUGCCCGACGGAGUGUGCACGCCGUCGCAGCAGUUUGACCACGUCUGGGUUCAGUGGUUCGGCGGCGGCGGGCGCUCCACCUCUGAACUGAUUCCGGUCAACUCGUUGCAGAGUCUCUCCGAAGGUCUGGAGGCACAUCACAAGGCCCAGAAGGAUACGAGAAAGAGCCGCAAACUGAACUCGCAACUCGAGCGGGCCAUACAAGAAGCAAUGACUGAGUUGGAUAACAUUUCAGCCUCCUCAACACCCGCAGCCACAUCCUCCUCAUCAUCCGCCACCAUAGCUGCUGUUCCUUCGGCAUCAGCAGGACCAGCUAUAAUUGGCGGACAACAGCAAUAUCAGCAUCAGCAGCAGCACCAGCAGCAGUCGCCCUCUUCAACGAACAACAAAAUAAAUGGACUCGCGCGGAGCAAGCGCCAGGCCAACAACACAAGUGGGGCCAGCAUGGUGCUGACCACCAGUACGGCGGCCACAUUGAGUGGCCUCUUCAAUCAGCAGCGAGCCAAGCCCAUACGCAUUGCUCCGGCUCCACCGGUGGCCACCACGGGCACCGGGAAUAUGGGAACGAUACAAGGAGCUGGAGCUGGAGCUGCUGUGGCAUCGAGUGGAGCAGGAACCACCACAACUCUCGCCCGUUCCGAGAUCCUGAAGCUGGCCAAAUGACCAGCGCUGUCGACGUUGUCGUCGACAGUAAGCACAGCCAACUACACGCUCGUCAUCGGGCACAAGUAGUGCGGGAUUGAGGGAGGAGAUGCCGCCAGGCCAUACGUUAAAUAGCUAUCCCAUAUACUAUACGAGUAUAGAGUUUAGUGUUAGAUGUCAGGCCUCUCAGCUUUGGAGUUUGUUGAUUUGUAUUCUUUACCAGACUCUCCCCGCUUAGUUGCGUCGCUGGGCGGCGCGCGCCACACUUUCGAAAUAGACAAUAAUACAGCAAGAUGAUGAUGUUAAUGAAAAACCAAGUUACAAAGAAGAGUUCUAACAAUAAGCGAUCGUUUUUGCUUCGUACACAGCGCCUCGGCGCAAUUUUGCGUUGUUUUGUAUAUAGUAAACACCCCAAGCUACACAGAUGUUAGUAUUAAGUAUUUAUUUAUUGCAUAUAGACCCUUGGUUUUUUAUAGGUUUUGUUUUCGUUGCAAUUUUUAGACUUACCCAUUAUUUUUAUAUAUAGGUAGCCUAAGCUGAUACUUAGCCACUAAGUUAAAACCCGAGUAAUCAUCAACAAGGCAGAUCUACAAUUACAUUUGCUUUCUCAAGCAAAAAAAAACAUCAAAUCAAAAGCAGCUACUGAUUUUCAUUUAUUGCGUAUAUGCCCAAAAUGUUUUUUAAACUCUAGAGGAACAAAUUAUUUAUGUCAAACACAAAAGAAAAACCUUGAGAAAUAAUUAAAGAAGGAUGAGAGAAAUUAUA